CAGAAGACACUUUCUACCGUGGAGUGUAUAUCGAAUCACAGAGAGAGAGGGAGCCUAAGAGUACGAUUAUGGCGAAGGAACAGUCGGCGAGUGAAGUGAGCUCCAUCGUAUCUGAUUUUCUCAGCUUCCUCAACGCUUCUCCCACCGCUUUCCAUGCCGUUGACGAGGCAAAGAGACGGUUGCAAAAGGCAGGGUAUGAGCAGGUUUCGGAGAGAGAUGAUUGGAAACUGGAAGCUGGAAAAAAGUAUUUCUUCACCCGGAAUUUCUCCACGGUUGUUGCUUUUGCCAUCGGCAAAAAAUAUGUUGCUGGGAGUGGAUUCCAUAUAGUUGGAGCACAUACUGAUAGCCCUUGCCUAAAACUGAAGCCGGUCUCAAAGGUGGUGAAAGGUGGAUUCUUAGAGGUCGGUGUUCAAACAUAUGGAGGUGGCUUGUGGCACACCUGGUUUGACCGUGACUUGACUGUUGCGGGACGUGUGAUUGUAAAGGAAGAGAAGGCAGGUUCGGUGUCAUAUUCUCACCGGCUAGUUAGGAUUGAGGAUCCGAUAAUGCGCAUCCCUACCUUGGCCAUCCAUUUGGACAGGAAUGUCAACAGUGAUGGUUUUAAGCCAAACACUCAUACGCAUCUCGUCCCUGUACUGGCAACAGCUAUCAAGGCGGAACUCAAUAAGGUGCCUGCUCAAAGCGAUCCAGCAGAAGGCGGAGAAAAUGAUGGAGGAAAGAAAUGUACUGAUUCGAAUUCAAAACCGAAGCAUCACCCACUUCUACUUCAGAUGAUUGCAAGUGAGAUAGGCUGUAAACCCGAGGAGAUAUGUGAUUUUGAGCUGCAAGCUUGCGAUACUCAGCCGAGCAUUCUAGCCGGUGCAGCAAAGGAGUUCAUUUUCUCUGGAAGACUAGAUAACCUCUGCAUGUCAUAUUGCUCUCUUAAGGCACUCAUAGACGCGACAUCCUCUGAAAAUGAUCUCGAGGAGGAAGCUGGAGUUAGAAUGGUGGCACUAUUUGAUCAUGAGGAAGUCGGGUCUAACUCAGCACAAGGCGCUGGCUCACCUGUCAUGUUCGAUGCUUUAUCGCACAUAACAAGUUGUUUCAGCUCCGACUAUAAGUUGAUCAAGAAAGCAAUCCAGAGAAGUUUGCUUGUUUCUGCUGACAUGGCUCACGCCUUACACCCUAACUACAUGGACAAACACGAAGAGAACCAUCAGCCUAAGAUGCAUGGAGGGCUUGUCAUAAAAACCAAUGCCAACCAACGCUAUGCAACUAAUGCAGUAACUUCCUUCAUAUUCAAGGAAAUAGCAGAGAAGCACAAUCUGCCUGUUCAGGACUUUGUGGUACGUAACGAUAUGGGUUGCGGUUCAACCAUUGGUCCUAUCCUGGCAAGCGGAGUGGGGAUACGAACAGUGGACGUAGGUGCACCUCAGCUGUCAAUGCACAGCAUCCGUGAGAUGUGUGCUGUGGACGACGUAAAGUACUCGUACGAGCAUUUCAAGGCUUUCUUCCAGGAAUUCGCUCACCUCGACUCGAAACUCACCAUUGACAUGUAAGCGCUUCUUACAGCUUUCCAUUACCACAAAAUCGCCCUCAAUAACCAUCUCGAGACAUUCUACUGAAUCCAGACUGAAAAUGUAUCACAUUUUCCUGAAUAAAAGGACACAUAUGUGUUUUCUUA